CCAUGGUGCGACAGCACAACCAAGAAACUGCAAUGGCGUCGAAGCCUGCUCGGCCAGCAACAGCCGAGACCAGCAACACGAGGCUGUAGUUCUUUUGUUGGGCGAAUGGAAGACCUGGCACCACAGCUUGGCGGCAUACUUGUUGGCGGCACCAGCACUGAUGAGCCCAACUCGCAAAGCUCAUUGUAUUCUGCUAGCAUCGGUGUUCCUGUGACAUUGGUGGUGUCAGGUGGCCUCCCUGACCAGUCGGAUAUGGAAGUUCAUAGCAACGCCAUGUUGUCCACAUUAGCACUACAGUCUGAUGAUGGCUGUGGGCCAGCAACACAACUUUUUCUUGAGCAUCUAGCUGAUGGCCAGGCACGGCUAAAAACAGCUGACGGGCAUACGUUGGAAGUUGACAUUGACCCAAGAACGAUUGGCCUUGUUCAUGGGAAUUCUGGAGUCCCUGUACUACUCCAGGUAUCACCUGAUGGAAUGUUACUCCAGAGAGAUGAUGUGCAAAUAGCAUUGGCAGCAUCAGGUGCAGCGGCUGAAAACUCCACUGACACCACAGAGGAACAGCGAGAAGACGCUGGAAGCUCUACACCUUGUGAAGAUUCUGAACCCAUGUUUCAAGAUGCUGAGCAUCUGCCUCUACGAAUGUACUUCGAGGUUGCCAAGGAAACAGCUGACGAAAAUAGUGCUUCCAUGGAGGAUGUCCAGACAAACACUGGCACUGCUGUUGCCAUUGUCACUCCUGAUGGGGAUGAAUCGGAUGCUGAUGAACUUCCAGCGCCUACUGGUCGACGUGUAGAGCGAGUGGAGCGCCUGGAGGAUUUCAUGGAUGUGGUGACCACAUAUCACUGCAGAUUUUGUAGCUUCUCCUGUGCCUGGCGCUCUGGACUUAUGUCCCACAUCAGGAGUUGCCAUGUGGCCCCAUCAUCAAGUGGCAGCCUCGAGCCUGUUGAACGACCUGUUAGCAGCAAGUCUACAGUAAAGCAAGCAUCUAAACCUACCAGAGCAGGAAACAAUCCUGUAGCUUUUGCCUUAACUACAGCAGGUCCUGUUUUGAAUGCUGAAGUUGCUGGCACUGCUACCUGUGCAAGAGAUGAGCCAAGCAUUGAAGUCGACUCUGGGGCUGUGGAGCCUGCAGUGUCUGCCCAGGUGGAACCUCCUCAACCUGUCCCCAGUACACCAGGCAAGACACAAGUCAGUGAAAUCACAUCAGAGCUGGCUACUGACCCCAUGCCCAGUCGUACUCCCAUGGAUGCUUCCUUAGUGCUGGAGAGUGCAUUGGCCAGCAUGGUUUCAGCUGGCAGCAAUGAAAUGUUGGCAAGUGGCAGCAGCCUGCUGCCAAGGGGAGAGGAUGGCCAACCAGUGCCAGCCCAGGAGCGACACAUUUUCAUCUGUGGACAGUGCAGCCAUGGCUUUGGUUCCCUGGAUGAAUGCAAGCAGCAUAUGGUUGAGGUUCAUGAUUUGAAAGUUGCUACUGAGUGUGAUGUGGAGUCAAAGAAGACUGCAGUUGGCCGCAAGCGUGGCCGGCCACGAGUUCUGCCUCAGCCAUCGAGCAGCACAUCUGCCGCACCGUGCUCAACUGCCAGUGGUUCUGAUGCGAUUGAAGAUGCAGAGCAGUCAUUUGAUAAUGGAGAUUUGGAUGAUGGCAGCAAUGAAGCCAUUGGCAAGCGCCGAGUGCGCCCUCCUAAAAACCUUGAAGAAGACUACUCAGUCACGUCAGCAAAACGACGGCGUCCAAAGAAGGACAAUGCUGCUGAAAGGCAAUACAGGUGCGGGGAACGCAGCUGUGGUUAUCGUUUUCGCACUGAAACCAGCCUUGAAUACCAUGGACGUUGCCACACACCUGCUGGCCCCAGACCAUACUGUUGUCCUGAGUGUGGGGAACAGAGAGAUCAUUGGCGCAGCCUUGCUAUGCAUCUUUGGAGAAGCCACACGAUGGACUUGGACUUACACAGAUGUGUACAGUGCGAGUACCGGACGUUCAGUGCUUUCAAGCUUGAAAAUCAUGCACGAAUUCACAGUGAGGAGCGUGACUUCACAUGUGCCCAGUGCGGAAAAGGUUUCAAGCAGCUUUCACAGCUACGGAACCAUCAUGUUGUGCAUUUGGAUCGCAAAAACACACCACACAAGCGUUGGUACAGUCAGCAAACGUGUGAACUCUGCCAGCGCACGUUCUCAGAUUCGAAAUGUUUACGCAAGCACCAUCAAGCAGUUCACGGAAAGGUGAAGCCAUAUGUGUGUCCACACUGUGGGCACUCGUCAGCACGGAAGGCCAUGCUACAGCUUCACCUCCGCCAGCACACAGGAGAGAAGCCAUUUUCAUGUCAAAUUUGCGAUUACCGCACAGGCGACCACAACUCACUGCGGAGGCACAAAAUGCGUCACUCGGGUACCAAGCCAUACAAAUGCCCACACUGUCCUUAUGCCUGCAUCCAGGCCAUCUCAUACAAAAUGCAUAUGAAAAACAAGCAUCCUGGCCUGGAUGGAUUGUAUGCUUGUUCUUUGUGCAAUUUUCGCUCUGUGAGCAAAGAGAACUAUACCAACCACAUGUCAGACCAUAAAAGAGGUUUCCUGGCGGUGCCUGCCCAGCUUUCCAGCCCAAGCACAACCAACUCCACUGCCAGUACAGAGAUAGAAGGACUGCAGGUGCAUGAAGCCACCUUGCAGCAGCUAGAAACCCUCCAGCUUCUACCUGGCAAUGUGAAUGCCGCUCAACUCAUUUAUAGUUGUCUAAGUGCACUACAACAGGAAGGAGGAUCUACCAAUCCUCCUGUCGUAACUACAUACUCAACUGGUGAUGGUACAACAAUCACUAUACAGGUUCCGUCAUCUGCAACAGAAGACGACAGUGGAUCAUCCCUUCUAGCAACACCUGCAGAACAAGACCAGUUCUAUUUGACAUUACAGCAACAGGAAGAUGGCAGCAUGGCCUACGUGAGUGGGGAGGGAUUUUCAUCACAGGGAGGUGAUAUGGACAACGAAGCCUCCGGUCUCAAGAUCAGUGCUGUACACUUUACAGAGAGCAGAUAAUGAUGGUAGGAAGGUUCUUCUGCCCUGGAAUUGUUGCAUGUGAACUGGAACAGAUCCAGAGUGCAGAAGCUCAAGUUUUGCAUGACUGGUUGUUUACAUCACCAUGAUUCGAAGUUUGAGGCUUAUGCAAAGUUACCCUUUUCGAUCCCAUGUGCAGCUUCUGUACUGCAAGCCUCACUGUUGUGCCUCGAGCUCACUUCAGUCUGUGAUUAGGCAUUUGGAAUAUGAGUAUAGGGCUAUAUUUUAACACACACAUGUUGCCACGUGCUUUGUAUGGUAGAAGUUAUACUCUGAAGGCUGUGAAGCAGAUCUUUUUGGUUUCUGAACCAGCUCAUCAUAUUUAGAUCUUGAACAAGCAUGUUCAUUCUGCUUUAUUCUUGCAUUAUUAUUCAUAAGAAUCACUGAUUAAGCCUGAUUAGCAAUUCUUUUCAUUCUAUUUUUUUCCGUAAAGCAUUUUUUUCCUCUAUACUGAUCAUGUUGUUUCUCCUUUGAUUCAACUUGUACCACAAUCAGAAGAUCUAGUGUGUCAAUCUUUUGAACAAUUCCUUGAGAAGUGCUGUAUUGUGUGUCAAUCUUUUGAACAAUUCCUUGAAAAGCACUGUAUUGUGUUAGUUGCAUAUGAUGCAAUAUGAAAAUAAAAAUAUCAAUAUGACAGCAAAGCACCUAUUUGAAUGAAACAUUACUUAGGUUUUAUAUGAUUAUACUAUGGCUGUUGUUUUUUCAUCAUCUUUGUUUUGUAUUUGCAUUUUAUAUGUAGCCUUUUAUCUUGCUUUUUUAUCGAGUGCUUACAGGCUUUCUAUUUACAUGAUAGUAUAUAGUAUACAUACUUUUUUUUAGAGUUUUAGCUGAACAGCAUUUACAGCUGGCUCAUGUUGCGGAAAUGUGUAUUAAGUAAUCAUACACAACUGUACAGUAAGUAUGCUGGCAUGUGUGUGCACAGUGAUUAUGCAAGAACACUGUUAGGUAUAACACUGCCCUUGCUUUAAGAGGAACGCGAUUGUGCACCCCUGCAGUUCUGGCUUCUUCAUAAUUUUUGUUAGGUAGUCCGGCAGUGUGACGCCUGUGUCUUUGAGAGAUGCUUUCAUGAAAAAUAGAAAAGGCCAGCACAUGUGCGCUUGAUCAGUCAGUUUGGUGGCCUGUAAAUUCCAAGUGUUUAGCGAGGGCAUAUGAGGUCACGCGUUGUUUCCCGACGUCAUAUUUGUGUUGUUCAACUCUUUUCUUAAAAUCAGUGGUCUGACCGAUGUACUAGUUGUCACAAUUGUACCACUUUACUCCCAGUAGUGUUGACUUUGCCAAAGGGGCACAGCAAUGCGAAAAAUCGGCUGCACAGCCAAAACUGUAUGAACGUAGGGUCAAGGUGUGACAGUGCCAAGUGCAGUGCAUGAGACGGGUGCAGAAAUUGUUUUUCGAAGUAGAGUAUCUGCACAGAGUGCAGCACUGUGAUAUUGACAAAAAGUGACCGUCAUGGCCUUCUGCAUGAAUUCGCAAGAGUGGGUGGCUUGAAAAAAAAAAAUUAAUAAAUUUGAAGCCUGUUUACUGGCCCUUUAAGAGGGUAUAGUAGAACCAACGUUACUAGAACCAGGUCAGUUCCGCAGCUCCCCAUAGGCGCGUGCGUUCUUUGAAGUGGCCGUGGUGGCCGACGCGAGAACUAGUGGCGCUGCUGUGUCAUUUUGCUUCAAGGCGCGCGCGUCUGCUCAUUUUUCUUCUUCUUUGCGGCAACCACACGGGCAAACCUCUUUGAGAGGUUGCGAACCUUUUUUUUCCUGGUUUUCACCACCUUUGCAGGCUCUCUGGCUCGCAAUGGCCUCCGUAGACGCAGGCAGAGAAAGCUAGUGGGCCGCUGCGUAAACUUUGCAGUGUUUAUGAUGAACAGUAAUGGUUUUGGGCACAUUCUCGGUUAAUGGUAUGCCUCCACAUAUGUUCAGGCUGUCUACCUCUUUAGAUACACUUUCCAAAUGGGCGACAGUGGUCAGAGUGCGCGACAGCUGCUUGUGUACUUCGUUGUCGCCGUCAUUAGCACAGUUGCUGUCUCAUUCAACAAUACCAGUUUCUUUUAGUAGCAGUUCUCCUGGCACAAGAUUUCUGCCAUAGAAAACAUCGCACGUCAUCCCUCACACAACAUUAUCGAUUCAUUCUUGGCUUCGAGACGUGGAAGGCAACGAGACGUUCAUCCCUUAAUUGAGCGCCAAUGGUGUAGCUGGCGAAACGCCGGAGAUGGGCAGCCCUAUUUCAUUUUUGGGCAUGAGCCCAUUUCUAGCACAUUGUUUUUUUUUUACAUUCUCCUUGUGUCCUUGUCGUCACAUGUGCCUUCGAGAUUCGCUCUGGCAGACGGGGAAAAAGGGGUGCUAAUGCCCCUGAUAUAGCGCCCAUUUUCCUUGAGAUAGAAGCAUUUGAUUUUCAUUUAUAUUGUAAUAAUUAUUCUGACAAUAACGUCCACCUCAAAAUGUCGCUCACAUAUUUUGGACUUGUGAGUCAGCCGCCUAUUCUUGCGGCACAGCAUCUAUCCCUACUUUUAACGCGACAGAGUUAAAGGGCUUGUUUCGCAGAAAUUCUGGCAUCGGUGUCAGUGUCGUUUGUUGUGAGCAAGAUAUCAUCUUGGGUGUGACCCAAAAGUUCAUAAAUAUGCAAAUAAAAUUAAAAUUCAAAAUUCCCGAUAAUUCCCGGCAUUUGAGUAGCAAGCGGGUGUUCUACAACACAGCCACCUGUCUGCUUGUUAAAACAUUUCUUAUUCAGAAAUAAAAAAUAAAUAUUCAUAAAACCACAUUGGUCUACUCACCUACUAUUUGGAGGGUCUAAAAACACUUCAUUUUAUCCAAUUCAUCAAACACCUUCAUACAAUGUUGAGGUAUCAACAUUCGAUAUAUCUCAUGCACAUAUUGCACAUUCAAUAAAUCUUCCCGUGCCGAUUUGGCUUUAGGACCUCACGGCCAUGCAUUUUACCCAGAGACCGUAAAGGCCCAGUAAUAGUAUCAUAUUAUAUGGAACACCACCCUCAUUCUGUAUUGAAAUAUAACGCAAUCCAUGAGAUGCUAUCGGCAGAUCUUUCUUCGGGGUUCUUUGUUCCACAUCCCAAAAGAAUAUUGGAUCCCAGCACUCACUCAUAGCAUGUUCUACCGUUUCCGGUUUGUUACACAUUGCGCAUUUUGCGUCCAUGCUGGGCGUAGCCAGGGGGUGGCUCACCGGGUCCAUGCUCCCUCCCUGCCCCAAACAUUUUUUUGCCAUGGCAUAGAGAGCAACAAAUGACCAUUUCAAGGGGGUGCCUUCCCCGAAAUGAAGCAGGUAGCACCUUCCCCUCUGCCCUCCAAAAAACAAAACAAAUUUCUGGCUACUCUUUGCUUGACUCAAGUAGAUGCGAUAGAAGCCACAGUAACUUCAACCAGUAUUGGGGCACAACCCAACAUCAGCGUCCCACCAUUCGUGGAAAAUGCGCUUCUUUAUCAUUCAAUAAAUAAGAACAUAAAAGACAAAAUAACAAUAAGCAUUCCCAAACAAUACCGAAUUACGCAACAUUCACGCGAUACCCCCCCCCCCCCCCCCCAUUUUCUACUCUGCGACGCAUUCACUCGAAUUUCCCCGUGAGAAUAUGCGGGCGGCUUUUUUAAACUCAUUGAAAUCUCGGAAUGGUUCAAAAAAAAAAAGAUGAUCGGUGUCAUUUAUGUGAGCACUUUUGCAGCCCGGCGCACAACAAUAAGGCAUUGUUUAUUGGCGUUUCUUGUCACAUGUUAGAACUAUUUCGUAAGAAACGACAGUUUACCAAAUAAUGGCGCGAAGAAGCAACCGAGCGCCGAAAAUGCGCUGUCGUGUCUGAGCGGCAACACGUGUGACGCGGUAUGUGAAGCAAAAUGGAACAGCAGCACCAUUAGUUCACUCAUCAGCCACUUGUGCCGGCGCGCGUGCGGAGCUUGAAAACUUGCCUGGUUCUAGUAAUGUUGAGUAGAACGAGAGAGUCAUCUUAGUUUCAAUUUUACAUCUGGACAGCUGUUCUAUGUAUUAAUGUGAACUUUUUCCCUGCAGCCUUUCGUACAUGUUUAAUUGAUUGAGAA